UCUUGUAUUAUAACUUAGAGAGAACACCUAUUCCUUCAUCCAUUCAUUCAGCAGGUACCUAUGGGGCUCUAUCCUGGGCUCUGGUAACACAGCAAGAAAGAAGAUUAGCCCUCUCCUCUCAGAGAACACACAUUUUAGCAGGAGAAACAAGCUCUGUGCAAAGAACCUCCGUAAGCCCUGGAAGCUCUCAUUUUGAUUCAGAAGACCACGCACUGGAAAGCAGCAUGUUGGGUGUACUUCCUUUCCACUGUCCAGCCUAAUCAGAGGGAAGUGAUCUGCCUGGGCCCUGGAGUGGCGGCAGGGGACAGCCAGUCCCGUGGGUCCUCCGUAAGGGUGAACUGAGAAGCAGACUGUUGAGUUGACAGCUGGCCCAGUUUCUGCAUUUCGUUAAGAAGCACUUCAUACAGGUGGCACUUUUCUGAAGUUGUUCAAGGAGUCUUCCCAGCAUUCCUGCAGAUAUAAAUAGGUGAGCCGCCCGGCAGGCGGUGCUGCGGCUCCGACAGAGCCCAGAGCGCCCGCAGCGUGAAUGCCGCCGGCUGCGGGAGUGGAUGACUGCAGCUGCGACUUCCUUCCCAGGCCGCCCGAACCACCUUCCCCGCCGACUUUCUUUUUUGAUUAACUCCGUGGACGCCUGAGUCUUUUCCCGCCUGGAACAUCAAUAUGUGUCAUGUCAUUGUCACCUGUCGCUCGAUGCUCUGGACCCUCCUGAGUAUUGUGGUGGCUUUUGCAGAGCUCAUUGCCUUCAUGAGCGCAGACUGGCUCAUCGGGAAAGCGAAGAGCCACAGCCGCAGCGGCGCCGAGCCGGCCGGCGCGGGCGGGAGUUCCCCCGAGUUCUACCACCCCACCUUGGGCAUCUACGCGCGCUGCACGCGGAACCCCGGGCUGCAGCACUUCCAGCGGGACAUGCUGUGUGGGCCCUACGCGGAGAGCUUCGGCGAGAUCGCCAGCGGCUUCUGGCAGGCCACUGCGAUCUUCCUGGCUGUGGGGAUCUUUAUUCUCUGCAUAGUGGCCUUGGUGUCCGUCUUCACCAUGUGUGUGCAGAGCAUCAUGAAGAAAAGCAUUUUCAACGUCUGUGGGCUGUUGCAAGGAAUCGCAGGUCUAUUCCUUAUCCUUGGUUUGAUACUCUACCCUGCUGGCUGGGGCUGUCAGAAGGCCAUAGACUACUGUGGACAUUAUGCGUCUGCCUACAAACCUGGAGACUGCUCCUUGGGCUGGGCCUUUUAUACUGCCAUCGGGGGCACAGUCCUCACCUUCAUCUGUGCUGUCUUCUCCGCACAAGCAGAAAUUGCAACCUCCAGUGACAAAGUACAGGAAGAAAUUGAAGAGGGGAAAAACCUGAUCUGCCUCCUUUAGCUUGGAAGAGACACUAAUGGCAUUUUCUUCCUUGAGUAAUCUCGUGAAACAGUCCACCUCCAGGUUCAUCACUGGAAUCAAGUGGAGAACUAGCCUUUAGCUACCAAAGCCCCGUUCCACAGUCCCAGGCCUUACCAGGACCAAUGAGAGGCAACAUCCGGCUAAGCAAAGUUACUGGACAUGAGGACUGCAGUGCAAAUUAUAAAGGAUGGAACAUGAAAACAAACAGUACAUAAACCCUGACAUGUAGUUGCCAAGUUCUGUGAGACUCCACAUCCCCCCCAAGGCUCAAUGAAGGUAAUGAUGGAAAUUAUUAAGGCAGCCGUGUCUCUGGUAGCGGGAGACACUGCUGGCCCUAUUUGCAGGGUGUUUCUGCCCCAGGGCUGCUUGUCUGGGGCAUCUCUGCCUCAGAAUGAGGUUUUGGGUUGGUGUUGAUGUUUCCCUCUUAGUCCUUUCAAGUUGUCUCAGUUGGAGAUGAAUGGAAAACUACACACAUGCUGUGUGCUAAAGGGAACCUCAAGACCCUAGCUCUUGCUUGGGUGACCAAAGACGUCAGCAGGGACGGUGUGGAAUCCUGCUGUGAAACUUAAUCUAGGCUGAAUUCCAGGGUAGGGCGGAUCACAUGAACUAUCACUAUAACAUUUUAAAAAUUUGAGCAAAGAAAAAAUAAGGACCUAUACGAUCAUAUUAGAACAAAAGUACAUAAUCUUACUAGUGAAGACAAAUUCUUUCCUCUUCCCUCGUACCAGCCAGGCUCCUCUUCUAUGGGAGACCACGUGUUUUCUCAUAGGGUUGUGCUUUGACUGCCAAAGGAAACCUCACUGUUUCCUCCUUCCAGGGACAGAGGUCUCCAAGCCAGCUGGGGCUCAUUCAGACGGUCACUGGGAAGACUUGCCAGAAUUUUGGCACUUGCAGUAGGGAGAUCUUUCCUCCCUAUUUGGUAACCAUGCGGUAGUCGGCUGUUAUUUCCAACCUCAUCAGUAGCAGAAUGGCAUUCUUAGCAGGAAAAAAGGAGCUAGUCAUAGGAGUUAAGUAGAUGCAGCUAAAGAGUUGCAUCAAAGACUUUAUUCCCAGGAAAGCAGAGUCAAAGUAAAUGCAAAAACAGGAGCUAGACCGAGGUCAUAGUGUACCUGCCUACACCUGUUUACAAAAAGAAUCAAAUACCACUAUUAUAAAGGAUUCAGGAGCUUUAUUCAGGAAGAUGGUAUGCAGUAGCCAGAAAUCAUCUAGUCUGUCAUUAUGUGAGCUUCAGAAUUGCAGAAUGAUAUAGAAACACUGCUUAGCAACUUAAGUGAGGUAGACCUGCCAGAUUUCUGGGGAUUAAAAGUAUAAGUCUGCUCACUUGAGGGCUUUGUUUUGAAAAUUUAACAAAUAAUUACUAAGCACCUUCUAUGGGCAAGGUAGGGUGUGCGAAGUACCACCAGGUGUACAACCCUGACUCAGAUUUUACAACCUUGCCCCCAGUGAAUCAUGUUCAAGCUGUGAGAGUCUAAAACCCUACCUUGGUGCAGAACAAGUAACUGCUUUAUUAUGUAUAGAUGGAAUGAGGCCACUAUAGUUUUACUACAUUUUCACCUUUGGUCUAUACCAGAAACCAUCAUAUCUCACAAAUUAAGAGCAAGCAGGGUGGGAGUGUAGAACCACCAGACCUUAAUGAGUUUACCAUUCUUGAACUCCUGGGACUUCUUUUGGAGAGAGAACAGGUAUCCUCGUAGCAGGUGUCUUCAACAGGCUCCGGGAAGCACCAGACCAGGCUCCUGUCCCUGUUUGUGCAUUCAUAAUGUUCUAAUCAAGUCUGUGCCACCACAGUAACUUUUUCA